UACAUAUUCCAGGUACUAAUAGUAUACAAGAAGUUUGUUCACCAUAGAAUUUGUUUAACAUUCUACACAUUCCACACAUUCCACACACAUCUUUUAGCGUCGCAUAUUAUACCCAUCUCUUAGUCUUGUUGUUCUUGUAAUCGUUUGUUUAAUAUGCAUUCCAUUCUCCGAGCUUUUCCUGUGCUCGCAAGUAUUGCGAGCGUUGUGCUGGCAGCCCCUACUCCUGUUACUACUGCUUGUCCUUCCGCUUCUACGGUUUAUGCUCCACCGUCUUCACUCCCAGCCAUUCCCACCCUUGCUGUCGCCAUUACAUGUUCUCUCCCGCCUUCAGCGUCAACUACGCCGCCCUCUACUCCUCUUCCUCCGAGCGGUGAUCCUUGGUAUAGGCCACCUGACAACGUCAACUGGUUGGCAGCGCAGCCCGGGGACAUUCUACGCCUUCGACCUGCUCCAGGAAACGCGAUCGCCAAUCUCAAGUUCCUCGACACCUGCGUUGGUUUCCAAGCCUACAACAUCCUCUACCGGACGACUGACAGCCACUAUAAACCAACAUGGGCCGUGACUACAGUCAUCGCCCCUUUGCAUGUAGGAGACUCGCCCCAUUCGUUGCUAUCAUACCAGCACCCCUACGACAGCGCCAAUCUCGACUCCAGUCCUAGCUAUCAAAUCUACAAGGACAGCUCCUUGCAAACCGCUAUUGGUCUCUUCCUGAAAAGAGGCUGGUUUGUCAAUGUGCCCGACUACGAAGGCCCCAACGCCGCCUUUGGAUCAGGUGUCAUGUCCGGCCAUGCUACCCUCGACUCCGUCCGAGCCGCCUUGAACGGGGCUCGGGCGGUAGGUGUACCUGUAGGUGCGAGAGGGGAAAUGUAUCUCAAGUACGCUAUGUAUGGCUACUCGGGUGGCUCCUUUGCGACUGAGUGGGCAGCCGAGCUUCAAGUACAGUAUGCGCCUGACCUACGCUUUGCCGGAGCCGGAAUCGGUGGUGCCUACCCCAACAUCACAAGCGCACUUGCCAAAAUCAGCAGCAACUUAAAUAAGUAUCCAGCAUAUAUUGGACAUCUAGGCAACAUCACUGUUGGCAUCGCCAAUGAAAACGAAGACGCUCAGGCCGUGGCCAUGGCUGCCCUUGGGAAAACCUCUUGGGCAGAUACGAUACAAGCCGUCAAAGAUAUGAAUCUGCAUCCCGAUGCACUUCAGAAAUUCAUCAAUGACGUUACCCAAAACCCAACCGUACGAUCCAUUCUCAAUCGUGACGGCAUGAUGGGCUAUCACGGUGUCCCGCAGAUGCCUCUCUUGAUUCAUCGCGCGGACGGAGAUCAGAUUAGCUCAACCAGCGAUACGACGAAGUUGUAUGACGAAUACUGUGGCGUCGGAGCGAACAUCUACUAUCACAUUACUCCUACAGAGGCAACCAAUUCGGAUCCGCAUUAUAAUGAAGGGUAUGUUGGCACAAUAAUGGCAUCAGAAGGGCUCAACCAGAUGUUUAAGGGAACGUUUCCCAAGGGCUGCCAGACUGAAAAUAGUGCAAACUGGCCUUGGCCAUUUACGCUAUUGAACUAGAGUGAGACAUUUAGGUGAUUCGGGUUGGUAGAUAUAGAUUCUAGCCUUGGGUUAAAAUUCGAAUAGAGGAGGCACUUUUGAAGAGUUACACCGUGCAGUUUGCGCCAUUACGAAGUUACAGUAUAUAACGGGACCUUUCAUCGUCUUAGUUUUGAUUGUGCAGCGAUUCCCUUCUGUGAUGUACCUGCACUGUACGAAGCUGAUAGGUUACAUGACCGAGCGAUAUACAUAGGCUAGUGCGGUUCGGGGGUAGAUUCUCCUGGGACGGCUGGCUGCUUGAGGCCGCGCAAGCACCUGACGCCAGCUCUUCACCUUAGUAUUC